AAGGUCGGCCAAGAUGGCGGGGGCUGUACGAACUGUUCUGUCCGGAGUUUUGUCUCGUCGUGUCCAUAUUGCUGCUAGUUCCUGCUGCCGACUUCCCGUAGCCUCAUCCACACAACUGUACAGAUGUCGGAGUACCGGAGCGCCGGAGGAGGUCGUUGCCAUGGAGAUGUUCCGGCUGGAGACGACCUCUGCGCCGACCUUGAUGGACAUCGGCACGCGGAGAAUCUUCCAGGAGGAACACGACAUCUACCGGGCCAGCGCCAGGAGGUUCUGGGCAGAGGAGGUCCUGCCUAACCACACACAGUAUGAGAAAGACGGGCAGGUAAGCCGUGAGGUGUGGCUGAAGGCAGGAGAGCAAGGCCUGCUGGGAGUGAACACUCCGGAGGAACUGGGCGGAAUCGGAGCAGACGUCUUGUACUCAGCUGUCAUGUGGGAGGAACAGUCAUACUCGAACUGCAGCGGACCCGGGUUUGCGUUGCACACUGAUAUCGUGAUGCCUUACAUCGCCAAGUACGGCUCGCGGGACCAACACGAGAAGUUCCUCCCUGACAUGACGGCUGGUCGGAAGAUCGGAGCGAUCGCGAUGACAGAACCGGGAGCUGGCAGUGACUUGCAGGGUGUGAGAACCAACGCUAGAAAGGAUGGAGAUGACUGGAUCCUCAAUGGCAGUAAGGUGUUUAUCACGAACGGUUGGAUGGCUGAUGUCACCAUCGUCGUGGCGAUCACCAAUCCGCAGGCCAAGUCGGCCGCACACGGCAUCAGCCUCUUUCUGGUGGAGGACGGGGUGGAGGGAUUCAAGAAGGGACGAAAACUCGACAAGAUCGGACUCAAGGCUCAGGACACGGCAGAGUUGUUCUUUGACGAUGUCCGCCUGCCUCCAUCAGCCUUGCUGGGUCAGGAGAACAGGGGGUUUGUUUACCUCAUGCAGGAGUUGCCCCAGGAACGGCUACUCAUCGCAGACAUGGGGAUCGCCUCGUCUGAGUUCAUGUUUGAGGAGACCAGGAACUACGUCAAGGAGAGGAAGGCUUUCGGCAAGACGGUCUCAAGACUUCAGACCAUCCAACACAAGCUGGCAGAGAUAAAGACAGACAUCUGUGUGGGUCGGGCGUUUCUGGACCAGUGUCUGGAGCUACACAACCAGGGUCGUCUGGACUCCAACACUGCCUCCAUGGCCAAGUUCUGGGCCUCGGACCUACAGAACCGUGUGGCUACCCAGUGCCUACAGAUGCACGGAGGUUGGGGCUACAUGUGGGAGUAUCCCAUCGCUAAAGCGUUCGUCGACUCUCGUGUCCAGCCCAUCUACGGAGGAAGCAACGAGAUCAUGAAGGAACUCAUCGCUCGCAACAUCGUCAACUAGGGGUCAUCUAAGGACACCGAAAAUUCAACAUCUUCAAGUAGAGGUCAUCUGAGGACACAGAAAAUUCAACAUCAACUAGGGGUUGUCUAAGGACACCGAAAACACAACAUCUUUAACUGGAGCUUGUCUAACUGGCAGCGAAAACAUCAUUAACUAAAAGCUAUUGGACCAUACAAUUGCUCUUUGGUGAUUCAUAUGAAGGAAAUUUUAAAGUAGGAACUUCUAACAAAUCUUUAGAAAAUUAAAGCAAAAAGUGACAUUCCAUUGUCUUUCACAAGCUGGCAAAAUAAUCAAGUUUCCAAAUUCAAAUGUCAAUUUUAAAUGCUGCAUCUCUUUUAAAAAUAAUGAUCUAAAUAAGACAUUUCUACAGAAUUUGACGAAAUUAUUCUUUGAAUAAGCUGGCUUUUGCUGUAUUUUUGUAUUUAUUGCAGUUUUGCCUUGAGUGGUCGUUUGUUUGCCUAAUAUGCAAGUAUAAUGCAAGAACAAACUGUAUUUCACCAGCUGCAAGUCUCCACUUGUUUAGAGGAGAGAAUUUCUCAAUGACAUGCCUGGGUGUCAUCAUGCCCUAAAUGGUGAUGUUGUGUGUGUUGCAAAAACCAUGUGCCUGUGUCAUCAUCCUUCAGACUCCACAUGUAAUUAUGCUACUGAUGUCUGUGAGAAAAACUCUAACACACUGACUUCGCCUUCCAACAGGAUUAAAAGGUAAGCUCUAAAUUAUCCUAUCAUAGUAUUUAGAUAACAGAAGGUUUUACAUUCAAGGAUUGAUUGCUUGAGAUGCAGUGUUCAUAUGUGGAUUUGGUUUAUGCAAGGUCAUUAUAUAGGAUCAUCAUCAAUGUUAUUGAGAAUAAAUUGUACAGUGAAUCUUUCA